CUCUCAUCCAUUUCCAUUUCCUCCUCGGUUCGCCACCAUGCUUCUCCAGGCUCCUCAGUUCGGUCUCCUCGCCGCCUCCGUCUCCGCCUCCGACGCCUCUCCUCGUACGGCGGACGUCAGUGGUGGAAGGUUUCCGUUUCCCUUCUCCCACUUGAAGAUCUCGAAGGAGGGGCGUCGGCUAGGGCCAAUACUCGCCGCCGAGGGCGGGCAAGCCAUCACUGGUGUCGUGUUCCAGCCGUUCGAGGAGCUCAAGAGAAUCGAGGCGUCUCUCGUCCCCAUCGCCCUCGAUCAGUCCCUCGCCCGCCAGAAAUACACCGACGACUGCGAAGCGGCCAUUAAUGUUCAGAUCAACGUGGAAUACAAUGUCUCCUAUGCGUAUCAUGCUCUGUUUGCUUACUUUGAUCGAGAUAAUGUUGCGCUAAAAGGCCUGGCAAAAUUCUUCGAGGAAUCCAGUGAUGAGGAAAGGGAUCAUGCUGAGAAACUGAUUAAGUACCAGAACAAAAGAGGAGGAAGGGUUAAACUUUUGCCAAUAGUUACACCCCUGACUGAAUUUGAUCACCCUGAGAAGGGUGAUGCUUUGUAUGCAAUGGAAUUGGCUUUGGCCCUUGAGAAGCUGACAAAUGAGAAACUACUCCAGUUACACAGUGUAGCUCAAAAUGCCAAUGAUCCUCAACUGACUGACUUCAUCGAGAGUGAGUUUCUUGAAGAGCAGGUGGAAACAAUUAAAAAGGUCUCUGAAUAUGUUGCGCAGUUGAGGAGAGUUGGAAAGGGACAUGGAGUUUGGCAUUUCGACCAGAAACUUCUCCAUGAAGGAGAUGCAGCAUGAGGUUUACGAGGAAUAUUGCCCUUCUGUCAUAUCUAGGUCUCGAUCGUUCUAGUCCCGUCUCGUUCUUGAAUCUUUUGGUUGUCGUCCUUACCGCUUAGUUUAUCUCUAUUACCUCUUUCCAUGUAUUAAUGUGAAUAAAAUCUCCGUAGAAAUCAGAGUGGGUCAAUCGUCAGUUUACUGGUUCCAUGUAGUAAUUUGUCCCUCAAUGUUAAAAUAUUUACGAACUCCGUUUAGUGCAUCAAUCUUAAAAUGUUCAGUUGGCCUCCGCCGACUAAUGUUUAGGUAA